UGAAGAUACGUUGCUUCUCUUUUUAACAUUAAAAAGACUUGCUUAAUUCUCUUCAAGCAGAAUCAAGAACGUAAGUUAACAUGUCCGAUCAACAGAAAAUUUAUCCGGUAAGCGACCCUGAAGCUCCACCACAUCCAACGGCUCCACUUGUUCCACGCGACUCCUCGAGAUCAGAACACGGUGAUCCCACCAAGAGUCAGCAAGCACCGCCGUUGGAUCCUCCGAGGAACAAGAAAGGAUCAAGAAGCUGUUGGUGCAAAUGCGUUUGCUACACGCUUCUCGUCAUCUUUCUCCUUAUUGUCAUCGUAGGAGCGAUAGUUGGUAUACUCUACCUUGUCUUUAGACCGAAAGUUCCGGAUUACAAUAUCGACCGGUUACAGCUCACCCGGUUUCAACUAAACCAAGACUUGAGUUUAUCCACGGCGUUUAACGUCACCAUCACCGCGAAAAAUCCCAACGAGAAAAUUGGAAUUUACUAUGAAGACGGAAGCAGAAUUAGCGUCUUGUACAUGCAAACAAGUCUCAGUAAUGGGUCCUUGCCAAAAUUCUACCAAGGACAUGAGAACACGACUGUUAUAAACGUAGAAAUGACUGGUUUUAAUCAGAAUGCAACAAGUUUAAUGACUAUACUGCAAGAGCAACAACGGUUAACAGGGAACGUACCGUUACGGAUUAGAGUUACCCAACCGGUUCGGAUCAAACUCGGGAAAUUAAAGUUGAUGGAAGUGAGAGUCUUGGUUAGGUGUGGUGUAUCCGUUGAUAGCUUGGCUGCUAACAGUGUGAUCAGGGUUAAAAAUAGUAACUGCAAAUACAGGUUUAGACUAUAAUUUCGUUUCUUAUUCAUAAUUAUUUUAAUAUUUAUUCAUUACAAUACGGAGGGGUUGAGUGUUGUAGUUCCCCCCAUCCACGGUCGUCUCCUUUAUUUUUUAAGAAAGAACAAUUUUGUUUCACACUUGUAAAUAAUUAAUAAAAGAAACAUUAUAUUUC